UCUUCCGCACAAACACACGCAGUGACGGUUGGCAUUGUGAACGCAGCUUUCUCUUUCUUUCCGGUAACUGGUGUUAUAAGACGUCAAAAAUGUUUAUGCCAAAAGCUCAUCGCGUCGCUAUCUACGAAUACCUUUUUAAGGAGGGUGUUAUUGUAGCUAAAAAGGAUUUCCAUGCACCCAAACAUCCAGAGUUGGAAAAUAUUCCUAAUUUACAUGUCAUUAAAACUAUGCAAUCGCUGCAUUCUCGUGGUUUAGUAAAAGAGCAAUUCGCUUGGAGACAUUACUAUUAUUAUUUGACAAAUGAAGGCAUUGAAUUUUUACGCAGUUACUUACAUUUGCCACCUGAAAUUGUGCCCGCUACUCUUAAACGUCCUACAAGACCAGAGACCGUUCGUCCCCGUCCAGCUGCUACUACACGCUCAGGUGAUGCUAGUAAAACUGGUGAAGACCGAUCGGCUUACAGACGUGCACCUGGUGGUACUGACAAAAAGGGAGAUGUUGGGCCUGGCGCUGGUGAUGUUGAGUUCCGCGGUGGUUUUGGCCGUGGCUCUCGCCCCCAAUAAAAUAAAAUAAUAGCAAAUCUCGUGUGUUCGUAGUGGAACUUAUACGUAACGUCCUAAUUUGUACUAUAAAUUAUUGCUGUAAGCAGUCUAUUGCACGGAAAGCAUUGGUUAAUGACUUGAUUUACACAUUUUUUGCAAUGCAAAUGAAUGAAGCAAUCCAGACCCUUACGUUGUAUAUUGUAUAAACUGGCUGCGUGUCUAACUUUGAUUAAA